GACGGACGUACAUACAUAUAGUGACCAGUGAGUGUGACGGACGUACAUACAUAUAGUGACCAGUGAGUGUGACGGACGUACAUACAUAUAGUGACCAGUGAGUGUGACGGACGUACAUACAUAUAGUGACCAGUGGGUGUGACGGACGUACAUACAUAUAGUCAUGUGGGAGUGUGACGGACGUACAUACAUAUGGUCAUGUGGCAGUGUGACGGACGUACAUACAUAUAGUGGCGAGGGAAUCUGACGGACGUGUAUACAUAUAGUGAUGAGGCAAUGUGACGAACGUACAUGCGUGCGGAUUUUCUCUGGAAUCAGAGAAGUGUGUUUACACCUAUCGUGGCUGCGAGUGCGGACCGAAGGGACGCGGGAGCUAUGUUCCAAUUCAGAAUUAGUUUUGUUCCAUUGACCGUAAGUUUAUGGCCAUAUGAAAUAAAAAAAAUGUGUUUGUGUGUCCGUACAGAGGUGUGCCGGACGUACAUCCUCAUAGUAACUAAUGAGUGUGAGCGACGUAAAGCGUAUUGUAGGUAGUCCCGUAGCGAACACCGCCCGAAGGGAAGUGUGAGCCUUGUUUGUGUUUCAAAGUCAUCGGAGGCCGUUCAGUAUUUCUGUGACGGACACGCAUAUCUACAAACUUUCUGUCCACUUCGAUUUUUUAGUAAUUCUCUAUUUACAGGAUCGAGUUACGAUAGAAUGAGUAAUAUUCCCUACACUACGUGCAUUCGGCUUACAGUCAAUGGACUUAGUGAAUCGACGCGAUUCACGUUAUUUAUAUAUUAAACUAGUUUCAAUUACUAGGUAUAAUAACACAAGUGAUACUUCGAUUACAGCCUGCAUUCCGUUAUGUUAAUCUUUACUACUCCCAUUUUAAACAUGUUGAUCAAGUUAUUCAGGAAAUGGAGAAGAUCUGUACCAGUGAUAAGCAACCAGAUUAUUUAGAAGCAUUGAUUUUUAAACAAACUUCUAUUAUACUCGUUCAAGGAUAUCAUACAGAGACUCAACAACAACGACAAUUGCUGAGUUUUGCGAAACAUUUCGAUCCAUGGUAUUACAAAAUAAUAGAAAAAUUAGCGUCUUCUUCGGAUAACGUCUCUUCUAUUUGUCAUUGUGUACCUUAUUAUGAUUAUAUAUUUCGUUAUAAUUAUGGAGCAUUCUGGAUGGCAUCCUAUCUUCUAGAACUUAUACCCUUUGGACAAAGUAAAUUAUUUCAAUUUUUAUUUGGUUCAUUGUUAACAACAAAGAAUCUGUUUCGAGCAAUUCAUUUUGAUAAUAAAAGUAUAAUAGAUUUAGCGAAAUAUAGAAUUAUUCAAGACAUUUAUACACCGUUCAAUUCUACAAAGAAAUUUUUAGAUUAUAUUUUGAAUGACAUUGUUCUCUAUCCAAUAUGGUUAUGCCCGAUUAAAUGUACAAAAACGCCUCAAUAUUUAGCUUCUCAUUAUUCUCUUGAACAUGAGUAUAUGAUUAAUAUUGGCAUUUACGGGCGACCACAUAAAUUUCCGUUUAAUGUUAGUAAGAUUAAUAAAAAGUUUAUCGAAUUAAUGAUUGAGACGAAUUCAAGAUCAAUGUUAUAUGCACAAUGUUGGCACUCAGAAGAUCAAUUUGAAACACUCUGUCGAAAUAGCUUAGAAAAGUAUGAACAGAUAAAAGUGAAAUAUAACUCACAGAAUAAAUUUUUUGAUUUAUUUGAUAAAGUGACAUUAAACGACAGAGAAAAAGAAGAGUUAGAAAAAACUAUUGUUGAAAGUCUCAACAGUGAAAAACGGUUGUUGAUGAAUAUUACUGGACAAACUGUCAAAUUGCAAAUAAAAGCCUUUUGUUAG